AGAGAUUAAAAAUGACAGCUACAUUUCAUACAUUUUAGCUGAGAGCGGCCAGUGUAUUUUUUUAACCUGUGCAUUUAAUGCAAAACAGCGGAUGUCCUUAGGGAAGAGGGAAAGGGUCCUAACAGGUGUAGGUGUUCUGUGUUUCUUCGCCCCGCCCAUCCCGGAAAAGCCCAAACGGCGAUAUUUUUUAUUUUAAGGUGACGUGGAUUCGGUUGCUGGAUUGUAUGUUUUAAAACGCUGAAUAAAAUCUGUAUUUUGGAGGACCAUUUAUGGUCCGCUGUUUGGUAACACGAACAGAUAAUGAUAUUGCGCGUAUGUCUUGACCAGCUGAUAAAAGGAGAAAGCUGAGCCCGAGGAAGGAGUCGAAGCAAUUUAAGAUAGCAUCUGAAGCAGGGUUUGUCAUGACACAAAGACUGGCCCGUGGGUGGGCCAUGGAGUCUUGUGUGUUGCUUCUGUGCCUUUUGCCACAGAUUGGGUGGGCCAUCAAUUACAAGCAGGGCGAUCCUGUCGUUCUUUACGUUAACAAAGUGGGACCUUAUCACAACCCCCAGGAAACAUAUCACUAUUAUACGCUGCCUGUUUGCAGACCUAAAGAGGUGCGUCAUAAAGCCUUAAGUCUUGGAGAGGUUUUAGAUGGGGACAGGAUGGCAGAGUCUUUGUACAAGAUCCACUUCAAGGACAACACAGAAAGACAGAUAUUGUGCCAUCUCACCCUCUCUGAAAAAGAGGUGGAUCAGCUGAGAGAAGCUAUUGAGGAGCUAUAUUACUUUGAAUUUGUCCUGGAUGAUAUUCCUAUCUGGGGAUUUGUGGGAUACAUGGAGGAGAGUGGUUUCCUGCCUCACAGUCACAAGGUGGGGUUAUGGACUCACUUGGACUUCAACAUUGAGUAUAAUGGUGACUCUGUCAUCUUCGCCAAUGUGUCAGUUAAGGAUGUGAAGCCGGUGCCCCUGGAGGAAGGAGGUGGUGGGGCAGGCCGGGGAACCGGGGGCAGCAGUGAAGGACUCUCAGUGACUCACACUUACAGUGUGCACUGGUUUGAAAGCCAUUUGCCUCAUGCACGCAGGGCCGAGCGCCUACGAGAUUACUCCUUCUUCCCAAAGACCUUGGAGAUCCACUGGCUGUCCAUUAUCAACUCGUUGGUGCUGGUGGUACUGCUGCUGGGCUUUGUCAUCAUCAUCCUCAUGAGGGUGCUAAAGAACGAUUUUGCUAGGUAUAACGUAGAGGAAGAUGGCAGCUGUGAUGAUCUGGAUCAGGGAGAUAAUGGCUGGAAGAUCAUUCAUACUGAUGUCUUUCGCUUUCCACCAUAUAAGAGCUUGCUGUGUUCUGUUCUGGGAGUGGGAGCGCAGUUUCUCACUCUGGCCACAGGAAUCAUUGUCAUGGCGUUGCUGGGGAUGUUUAACGUGCAUCGCCAUGGUGCCAUAAACUCUGCAGCGAUCGUGCUUUAUGCACUGACCAGUUGUGUGUCAGGUUACUGCUCCUGCAACUUCUACACUCAGAUCCAUGGGCAACGCUGGGUCUGGAACAUCAUCCUCACGUCCUCCCUCUUCUCUGCUCCUCUCUUUCUGACCUGGAGUGUAGUAAACUCUGUUCACUGGUGGAGUGGUUCCACACAAGCCCUCCCUGCCUCCACUGUGCUCCUGUUGCUAGGUGCUUGGGUGCUAGUAGGCUUUCCCCUCACAGUCAUUGGGGGAAUUGUGGGUAAGAAUCGGGCCGGCAGCUUCCAGGCUCCAUGCCGCACACGCAACAUCCCCCGCCAGAUCCCCCAGCAGCCCUGGUACAAACACACAGCUGUGCACAUGGCCAUCGGAGGGUUCCUACCUUUCAGUGCCAUCUCAGUGGAGCUGUACUACAUUUUUGCCACCGUGUGGGGAAGAGAGCACUACACUCUUUAUGGCAUUUUGCUCUGUGUCUUUGCCAUACUGCUCUCUGUGGGGGCCUGCAUCUCUGUAGCACUCACGUACUUCUUGCUCUCAGGCGAAGAUUACCGCUGGUGGUGGCGCAGCAUCCUGAGCACAGGCUCCACUGGCCUCUUUAUAUUUGUCUACUCUCUCUUCUACUACCACAAUCGAUCCAGCAUGAGUGGUCUAGUGCAGAGUGUGGAGUUUUUUGGCUAUUCCUUACUCACAGCCUUCGUCUUUUCUCUCAUGCUGGGGACCGUUUCGUUCUGGGCCUCGCUGACUUUCAUCCGUUACAUCUACCGCAGCUUGAAGAUGGACUGAUGGAGAGCAUAAAAGACACUUUCUUUUUUUUUUCCUUCUCUCUCUGUCUCUUUCUCUCCUUCUCUGUCUCUCUAUUUCUCUGCCUUUUUGGACAAGAACAUUUGGCCUCAUGCACCAGUGCCCAGUGAGCCUACACAAGUUUUGAUUUGCUGGAAUGUUAAAUUCCAUCGCCAAACGAGUCGUGAAAAAGAAGUGAAAAACGAGCAGCUGUUCGAGAAAUGGAAUCCUAACCGUCUGUUUUACACCUAUGAGACUAUGGUACUACCAUAGCUUUUUUAACCUAAUCUCUUAUCGUCUGCAUCUGUAGUUUAUGAUCUGUUGCCACUGACAGUAAUUUCUCUGUGUGAUUUAAGCAUGUUUCAUCAAAGUUUUUUUACUAAGUACAAGGAAACUUGACACAUGCUAACAUGUUAAUUGAUCAUAUAGUACAGAUGAAGCAUAUGGAAAUUAGGUUUUAAAAUGAAAUGCAGGAGUAUUCCUUUGAAGGUACAUAGCUGUUAAAAUAUAUGCUCAGCAAAUUCUAGACAUGCAUCUGGUUCACAUUUGGUUAAGUUAAGUCAAGACAGUCGAGUUAAACAGUUGCCUGUUCAGUCAUUGCACUAAAAUUAGAUCUGACUUGUCGGUAGUGGCAUUCGGGCUGUCGAAUGCAUAGUUCAUUCCAAAGUAUUGACUUGCUGUUUAAAAUUAAACCAAGACAAUGCCUCUACGUAGACUGGUAUUUCCGAUGGCAUACAAGAAGCAGGAAGUACUUUCAUCCAUAUAACCCAUAGCAUAUGAAGGACUUGAGUCUAUAUAAGUUAACAAAAGGGACAUGGGAUUUUUCUCAAUAAGGGUUACUUUGGACACCAUGUAAUGUGUCAGUGGAGCAAGUGGUGCAUUGAAUAUAUGUGAGGGAACAUGGUUUUAAAUUGUAAAAGGGUAUUUAUGACAAAUGAGUGGGGAAGAGAUGUAUAAUGUUUACUUGAGGAAAGCUAAUUCUGUUCCACUCUACAGAUUCAGUCUGGUAUUCCUCUAAUACUGAAUCAUGUUUUGUUGUGAGACAAAUAGACCAAUUGCAUAUAUUUUAUAUACAUGUACAUAAAAAAAACAAUAGACAUCAGUGGGUAAAGUUCUUAAAAUCUUAUGCUAUAGGCCAAAUUUUGCACACACAUCUUAUAUACUCUUCAUUGAACAGCACUGACUAUUAGAAUGGGACAAUUUGGCGCAGUCACAUGUGAACCUAAGGCCCACUGUAUUCUGUGCCAAGCAUCAGUCAAGAGGAUGCCUCCAGAUGACUUUCAGUUGUUAUCUAGAACUACUCAUCUAACAUCAGUAAAUAACCUCACUUGUGGCUGCAUGCAGUCAGAUCGUUACAGCGGUAUUCCAACAUCUAGAUGAAUAAAAGCUGUUAUUAUAAAACAAAGAACAAACAAAGUCCCUUUUAAUAUGCUUCAUUUUCAGGUUGGAUGAGCAGGUAGUGACAAGCCUUUGGACACAGUUUAUCUGUUAUCGCAGAACUAACUGAUUCACACUCUGCAGUUUGGACAAGUUGUUUGCAGUAUAUUAGCAAAAUUCUUAUUGAACUUAAUAAAGACUACAGUCACCCCUAGUCAUAUUACAUGAGUGAAAACAAUUACACAUCCUCUACAGGAGUGGUUCCCAACAUGGACCUCAAGGCCCCCAGAUGGUCCACAUUUUUGCUCCAACACAAUUCUCAAUAUGUAGGGAUAAAGGAAAACUGUGGACCAUUUGGGUGGCCCUGAAGACCAGGUUGGGAACCACUACAUUACAAACAUAAAAAUAAAUUGUGCAAAAACACCAAUUGUGCAUUAAAAUGUAUAGAAAUGUGUUAAGUUCAGCAAAUAAAUAGUAAUUGUGCAUUGAAAGUAGCGGAAAAAUGUCUUGUUUCAAUUUGUUCCCUGUAGAGGAUGUGAUAACUUAUUUUUAUUUAGAAAAUCAACAAAACAUGGAAUUUAACUGACUUAACAUUCACUACAUAAGGUGGGGUUUUCAGUUUUCAGUUAAAAAUGUGUAAUUACUGAGCUGGACUGUUUUAGUUUGUCCAAAGCAGGCAGAUUGGAAAUUAUGAUAAAUUUGCCACUGUGCUAACAGUAACAUUGUGACAAAAAAUAACCAAUCAAUCCUACCAGUGUGACCUUUCGCACGCAUACAAACUUAGUCAUUUACAAUAGUGCACUCUUCAUUUACAUAUUUUGAGUUGUGCACUACAGUUUCAUAUCAGGUUGAAUAGGAUUUUUGCAAGAGUCCUGUAAAGCUUGUUUAACUUUGAUAGCAAGUUGCCAUAAAAGAGCACAUGGAUAGAAAAGGCUGAGCUUUGAAGGAUCCUUCAUGUACCAUGGGCUCUUAUUGGUAAUAACAAAUAUAUGUACAAAUCACUGCUAUGAAUGUGUGGAGUGGAAUAGUAUAAAAGCUUCAAGAUGAGAUUUGGGAUGGAUUUUAUCAUGCUUAUGUGAUGUGGGACAUGGGAGCAAUAUGUACAAUAGUCACCAGUUACUGUGAUCUUACUUCAGCUGUACAUAUACAAUCUUUUCAAUAAAGCCACCUUUUUUCUUAGGAAAAAA